AGGAAAGGCGAGUAGAGUCAGCGCAGGAAGUUAUUGAAUGCGGAGUGCUUGGGCGGAGUUAGAGACGAGCAGUUGAAGUUCAAGAGUUUUCUGGGAACUUUCGAGGCAAAAAAAGCUACCCCCAAAGUCCGCAAGAUACCCGUUCUUGCAAACCACAUCCAAACUUACAACUAUUGUCACGUCUGACAAACAUCAUUUUUGUCCAGAGUGUCCUGUAUCUUUCACUAUCCUCUAACGAGAAUUUGACUACAAGACAACAGUCAGAUACCCUAAAUUGAGAGUCGGCAACAUGUCCGGCGCGAGGCACUGGGAGCAAGAUAAGGAGGCCACCGUUUACAUUGGUAAUCUCGAUGAACGGGUCACCGAUAGCCUGGUAUGGGAGCUGAUGCUGCAGGCUGGGCGCAUCGUUAAUGUUCACCUUCCCAAAGAUCGAGUGACGCAGUCACACCAGGGUUACGGCUUUGUGGAAUUCAUAAGCGAGGAGGAUGCUGAAUAUGCUUCGCGAAUAAUGAACGGGAUUCGCCUUUAUGGGAAACCUAUACGAGUCAACAAGGCAUCUGCCGAUAAACAAAAAGCCGUGGAAAUCGGAGCAGAGCUCUUUGUUGGAAAUCUUGAUCCGUUGGUCACGGAGCAGGUCCUCUAUGACACGUUCAGUCGCUUCGGAACGCUCGUCAAUAUUCCAAAGGUUGCACGCGAUGAUAACAACCUUUCCAAGGGCUAUGGAUUCGUAUCAUUUGCCGACUUCGAGUCCUCAGAUGCUGCUAUUGCCAACAUGAACGGGCAGUAUCUAAUGAACAAACAAGUUUCCGUGCAGUACGCCUAUAAAAAAGACGGCAAAGGUGAAAGGCACGGUGAUCAGGCAGAACGAAUGCUGGCUGCGCAGGCUCGCAAGCAUAAUGUCCGUCCGCCAACACAGCCGCUUCCUCCGCAAUUCACCAACCCAGGAACUCCUAUGGCAGCCGCUGCGAUGGCUAAUGGAGAAGGCACACAAGUGUUGAGCGCCGCUCCGCCGGAAUUAGCAACGGGAAGAGGCGUACCGCCGCCUAACUUGGGCUUUCAGAGCGUACCUCCGCCGCAACCUAAUCGGCAACUCCCUCCUACCGCUCCCUUGGCAAACCCACCUCCCGGUUUACCGGCAAGACCUCCGCCCUCGCGAGCCGGUUACGGUGGCCCUCAGACAUUUCUUCCCCCUGCUUUCAAUACUGCUGGUCAACAGCCACCCUUCCCACAGCAAGCAGCACCGCCGCCGGGGUUCGCGCCACCGGGUUUCGGUCCCCCAUCAGGAACCCCGAACCCUCCACCAUUACCACCGGGCUUCCCGCAACCUGGUUAUGGUGGCGGCCGCUGAGCUUUGGAUCGUUCGUAUUUGCACUUUAAACGAGCAUUGAUGCAGAAAUAUAUCUCUCAUGAAUUACUUUUGACGACAAUGGUCUUUUCCCACAGUUUCGCUGCGAUACGAGUCGACGAGAGCAUGUGGUUCAGGUGAUUCCCUAUCCUGUGUAUUAAAGCACGCCACUACAUGGCAGAUCAGUUUUUGUUCUCCAGGAACCCUAUUGAGCUAACUAAUCCAUUGAUAAUGAGGUAGAAGUUUGGGGGCGAAAUUACAUGAUUGAUCAGGGUUUUAUAUUCCUUCCAUUAGUCUUGCGGUGAGGCAGCAUGUUAUUACCCAAAGUGGUAUCAUUCAGCGGCGGGUAUAUAUUGCGAUUGUACUUGAUUCACAUGAGACGUGGCAAGUGAACUGCUCAUACUCUGAUGCGAUAUUGGCAUCUAGCUAUACAGACCAACCUACGAAGAUGGCCAGCAUGUUUUGAU